CUGCUUGCUGCUUUAUUUAAACAUAACUCCUCAACUAAUAUUUCAUACGCAUCCAAAGUUUAGCUAAAACUAAAAAAACUUCAAAAAUGCUACAACAAAUAUUAUUUUAUCGCGUAUUUAUUUUAUUGACGUGCUGUCUAGCAUUUAUAUUUGCACAGCAAGAGAACACACCAGACGCAAUGGCGCAACUUGCCGAUUUAUUAGGUUUGAGUCAGGCCAGCGCGCGUCUCAAAAGACAACCAUCAUUAAGCAAUUCAGCGGCGAAAUUUUUGCUUGAAGUUUACAAAGAAAUCAGUGAAGAGGAAGAAAAGAAUUUACCAGAAGUGCUACAGAAACAACACAAAACGCGACAUAAGCGAGCGAUCAGCGAGGACAACUUCAUAACACCUUUCGAUCGCAGAGAAAUUGAGUUGAGCAACAACAUAAUCACAUUCGCCAGCAGAUCCUUGUCAUUUAAUUCGAUUUCUGCACCUUUGGGCGACAUGCUCGUCAAUUUUAAUUUGAAUGACAUACCAAACGACUUGGAAUUAACACAUGCCGUUAUGCGCUUAUACCAAGAUCCGCAACUGGGCCACUACAACACGCAUACUGAUUAUAAUUACACAAUCGCCGUCUAUAAGCCCGUUGGCGAGUAUAUGCAUCGCGUUGCAUCGAUAAAUGCCACCACCGCCUUCAGAGGUUGGCUGGAACUGAAUGUAACGCAUGUGCUCAAUCAGUGGUUACGCUUUCGCACGCUUAAGCAGAUACUCUACGGCAAUGACUUGCUGGUUGGCGUCACAUUGCAUACGCCACACAGAAAAGCGGGAACCAACGCUAAAUUACAACAGGUCGCUGCUACUGAUAUCGGUUUAGUGUCGCCGCAAAUGCAAGCGGAACUCCUUGACCUGCAGCCCUUCAUUAUAGGCUACUUCAAUGGUCCCGAUUUGAUGACCAAGAUGCAACAACGUUCUAGUCAACAAAACAAACGUCGUGUGCGGCAUGUCGACUCCUUUCGGCAGCCACCAGCGCCGCAUUUGCCGCACACUAUAAAUAUUAACAAGGAAAUCGUUUUUGAGCCACCCAAAGCAUGUGAGCGACGCAACUUCACAUUGGAUUUCAAAUAUUUGGGCAUGGAGAAAUCGGUGAUUGCACCGAAAACUUUCGAGGCUUUCUACUGCUUUGGCGAAUGCAAUUUCCCCUUGGGCACUCCGAUGCAUAAUGCCACCAAUCAUGCCAUUGUGCAGACGCUGAUGCAUUUGAAGCGCCCAAAUCUACCGAAACCAUGUUGCGUGCCAGUCAAGUUGGCCUCCAUAUCCAUACUGUACUCGGUCAAUGAAGAUAGCGUGAAUUUGAUGCGUUUCUCGCACAUUGUCGCAAAGGAAUGUGGUUGCCGUUAAGUGCUGACGUAUUGUUGGCGGGGUGGAAGACGAAAUUCAAAAUUAUUUAUCGUAUAAAAUAAAGUAGCAUAGUAAUUAUAACGGCAACAUGUAAAUACAUACAUACAUAUAUUUAAUUAUUGUAAAUUUGUUACGAUGAACAUAAUGAGAUUUUGCUUGCUUACAUACAUAAGUAUAUACUAAGUGUUAAAAUGUAAGUAUGUGCGCGUGUGCAUAUAUAAAAAAAAUGUGUUAACAACAAUUUA